UAUAAUAUGAUCACGAUUUAAGAUUUUAGGUACAUCUUAAAUCGUGAAUAUGACAAUCUAACGCCGGGUCCUACGUGAAUCCGACAAAUGCAACAAAAAACAAAACAGUUUGUAUUUUGUCGCAUCGGUCGCAUCGUAUUGCAUGAUCAGAAUAGGAAUCGCCGGACUCGCCGGAUUUACACAGGACACGCCGGCGUAGGCUCGACACCACUCUGCCCUUAUCAUAAAUCCUUAUCACCUCCUGAAACUUCUUUAUCACGAGAGUAGAGAACUAUAGCGAAUAGAAAUACAGAAUUCUGUGGCCCGUGCUAGAAACUAGAAAGUAUAGAGCAAAUUUUAAAUUGUAUUAUAUUGUGAAUUAUUUUCUUUAAGUUGCACUUGGCUUAUAUCUACAAUUAAAUCAAUAUAUUUAAUCUACAAAUACCAAUGUCACAAUUAGGAAGAGUAAAACAAUGGAACACGUUUGCUCGCUGUUGGCAUUUGUUUGAUGCCGCUUGGCAAAAUCCUUUGGAAUGUUCUCCGACGAUUGAAAAGUAUUUAAAGGGACUCAAUAAACCAAUUUAUCAUCCUUUAGUUGAUUGCGGCGAUCAUGUUGUGGUUAUAAACAGUAAACAAAUUGCAUUUCCUGGCGAGGAAUGGCGUCGACGUGCUUAUUUCCAUCAUACAGGAUAUUCAGGUGGAGCAACUUGGACUCCAGCUUGGGAAUUACAUGAUAGAGAUCCAACUAUGAUAUUCAGAAAAGCUGUUUAUCAUCAUAUGAAAGGCAACUUAUUCAGAAGAGUAGUUAUGGAACGUUUACACAUUUACUCAGACUCUAACGUACCAGAAGAGGUUAUGGAGAAUAUUACCAACCAAAUUCUACCAUUAAGAUCUAUACCUAAAACACUGGGUUCUUAUAGUAAAGAAGAAAUUGAAAAAUACCCAAAGAUUAUAGAUUACCCUGAAGAUUUUAUUUUGUCAAAAAAUUAAAACUAUAUAUUAUGUUUAUAAUAUUGUUUUGAAUUUGACUAUUAUUAGUAUGAUGUAAAGAUAAAAUUAACUUUUUUUUCAA